CCAACAUUCUCCCAUAGUUUCUAAAAUCACAAAACAAAAUAAUGCUUAAGAGGUGUAUUCUGAGAGUGAAGAACUCUUUCCCUGGGGCAAGAAUGGCAUGUCAUUGGAGAGCUAAGGUGUAAUUUUUGCCCACAAGGUAACACAAUGCAAGGCUAGAAGAUGCUAGUGACCACCUCCCCCAACACUGGCACAGGCCAUAAAAAAUGCCAUUCCUGUUCUUCAUCUUAUAGCAAAAUCUGCAGCCUUCAUCAGACUCAAUGGCUGAAGUUAAUGUCACUCAUGUCACUGAAUUCAUUCUCAGUGGAAUUACAGACCGGCCAGAGCUUCAGGCCACAUGCUUUGGGUUUUCAGUCAUCUACCUGGUCACAGUGCUGGGCAACCUUGGGUUGAUAUCCUUGAUCAGGAUGGAUGCUCAGCUCCAGACACCGACAUACUACUUCCUCAGUCACUUGGCCUUUGUUGACCUUUGUUACUCCUCUGCUAUCACUCCCAAGAUGAUGGUGAAUUUUGUUGUGGAACACAACAUUUCUCUCCAUGCUUGUGCAAUACAACUGUGCUUUUUUCUCACCUUCAUGAUCAUGGAGUGUUUCCUUUUAGCCUCCAUGGCCUAUGAUCGUUAUGUGGCCAUCUGUAGACCCCUGCAUUACUCCACACUGAUAUCAAAGAGGGUCUGCAUUCAACUAGUGGCAGUUCCAUAUGUAUACAGCUUUCUGGUCACCCUCUUCCAUACCAUUAUCACCUUUCACCUAACUUACUGUGGCCCCAAUGCUAUUAACCAUUUCUACUGUGAUGACCUCCCUCUCUUGGCUCUGUCCUGCUCAGAAACACAUGUGAGGGAAGUUCUGAUCUUUGCCUUUGCUGGCUUUGAUAUGAUCUGCUCUUCUUCCAUUGUCCUCACCUCCUACACCUUUAUCACUGCUGCCAUCCUGAAGAUUCACUCUACCCAGGGGCAACACAAGGCCAUUUCUACCUGUGGCUCCCACGUGGUGGCUGUCAUUGUUUUUUAUGGCAUGCUGAUCUUCAUGUACCUACAGCCCAGAUCCAGCCACUCCCUGGACACAGACAACAUGGCAUCCGUAUUCUACAUGGUGGUGACCCCCAUGUUGAACCCCCUAAUCUACAGCCUAAGAAACAAAGAAGUGAGAGACGCCUCCAAGAAAGCCUUGGAGAAAGGCUGUGAAACUGUAAAGAUGUUAAAAUUAAGAAAAUAA